CUGUUCUAAACUCAAAUAUCAUGGUGCGUUGAUGUAACAGCAGCCGGUAACGAAAACUUGUGCAUUUAAUGUGAAAUAGUAAAUAAACAGCCCAAUUACGCACGUGCCAUGCAAAUUCGUCGUCCGAGAGGUGUCACAGUUCCGCAAUUGAUGGUGGUCACAGCCAUUGGGGUGUUGGGCGGUAUUUACAUUUGGCAGCCACUGAUUUUGAAGUACAAGAACGAUAAGAAAACUGAGAGUGGCGCAGCAGGAGCAACUGAGACUAGUGGGACCACAAAAUGAGUUUCAUUAACGGCUUCAAACGAUUCGCCACAACGACUGUCGGUCUGAUGGCCAUUGGCAUCGGAUCCACCGUCCUUGUAUACACCACUCAUCGUAUUGUCAUCAAACCCCAUCUUCUGCAGAAACGUCGCCUAGAAGCCGAGGCAUGUGCGGAGUAUCUUUUCCAGCAGGAGGGGCAAUCCCAGAUAGCUCAAUCAAGACCCAAGCAGAGCGAAUAUUAAACGAAGGAUGCCAGCGAUUCUAUGAAAAUCUUUAUUACAAACCUCUAGCCUAGUGAUUAGUUACUAAAUUUCAAUGCUGUAACCAUGUUGAACAAUGGAAUUUUACUUUCAUACCUUCAGUUUGGAUGGAGAGGCCCAUUUUCUUAUGUUCAUUUUAGAGUAAAACAACACAACUAAGUUAAAUCUAAUGGAAUUUUUAUGGAAGGAAUAUGAAUUGAAUAAAUAAUGAAAAGCA